CUGUUCGCUAAACAAAAGAGCGAAACGCGUACCCGCAUUGACCGUGUUUCUCUUGCUUGCUUCCAGGGCAUUUGGCUUCAGCGCAGGCGCACAAACCCCGCCUCUCUCCUGUGCGGUGUGCAUUCGCAUUGUGUCUAAACAGGCAGCGAGCAAAAAGAUAUUUUACCAACAGCAGUAAUGUCGGGCAGGUCGGUUCGAGCGGAGACGCGGAGCAGGGCGAAAGAUGACAUCAAGCGGGUUAUGGCUGCAAUUGAAAAAGUGCGGAAAUGGGAGAAGAAAUGGGUGACUGUUGGAGACACGUCACUGCGAAUCUACAAGUGGGUACCAGUGACAGAGCCCAAGUCAGAUGAUAAGAACAAAAACAAGAAGAAAGGCAAAGAUGACAAAUAUGGCUCUGAGGUCACGACCCCUGAGAACAGCUCUUCUCCUGGAAUGAUGGAUAUGCAUGACGAUAACAGUAACCAGAGCUCCAUUGUAGACUCCUCCCCACUGAAGCAAGAGACCAGCAACAACACUAGUCCUGCACCUGAACCCAUGGCAGCUUCUCAGAAUGACAGCAAUGACUUGAAAAGUGACCAAUAUCCUUCCAAGCAGCCUUCAUCUGUUCAGGAUCAUAAGAGUGAACAAAACCACUGCUCAUCAGGUUCUAUAACAGCCAAAAGGGACAGCAAGUCACAGGGGGAUUCAGAGCACUUUUUAGACUCUUCCAACUCAGCCCAGGAAUUGGAUGAUGGUGCUCCCCCAAGCAAAAAAGGGAAAACCGAUUCUUCCUCUGAAGAAAGUUAACUAUCUUCUCCCAGCUGUCAGGCAUUUGCGAUCCCCGUCUCUUAUCCUGAAACACAUCACAACAUAGGAGGUUUUCUUCAGUUCUACACUCUCAUAUAUUCACUUUAAUCCAGAAAACCUGUCUGUUGUGGUCAUUUUUAGUGUAGAGGGCAUGAUUGGAUCAUCAUUGUAUGAGUAAAGGUAAUGAAUCAAGCUGUGAGAAAUUGUGUGUACUGAUCCUAAAACAGUUCAUGCUGCCCUACAAUCACUACAUGCUAUUUCUUUUGCUAAGAUAAGUAUUGUCAAUUGAAACGGCACUGGAACUGCCAUAGCUUUUACAAAUUGGCAUUGAUAUCAACUGCCACUUGCAAUUUAAAAAAAAAAGAAUUUAUCACUCACCUUUUCUAGUUCACUCAGGAAGGUCAACACACUGUUUUUAAAAUCACGCUGAAAGUAACUGAUUUCUGCUGCUGUAGUUUAGUGAGAUUUCACCAUAAGUAGCUAAAUAUUAAAAAAAUGCAAAUGGUACUAGUCACAAGUUAUUCAACUUCUCCUGUGAAGAUCAUAGCUUGUAGCAUAGGCCCUGCUUGGUUGAGUACUUUUGUGUUACUGAGGAAAGGAAUGUUUUUUUGUUUGUUUUUUGUCUUGUCUUGCCUGUCUACACACUUCUCCAAGUGCCCACAUUUUGGUUCUCUCUCUCUCUUUAAAGUCAAGUAAGCCA